CAUGUAAAUCUAAAUAAUAAUACAAGUAAAUGUAGUAAAAGUAAAAGGUGGCAGCUAUACAUCAUAUGCUAUGAAAAGAACUGCACUAAAAUAUUUAAGUGCAAGAACGUAUGUUAAUUCCAACUAGAGACUGAACUAAGAAUGAGGUUCAAUAUAAUUCAAUGAUAGUGCCUGGUAAAAUGCAAGUGUAGGUAAUCAUUAGAAUUGCAUAGAUCAGUAUUGAGAACAACUAUGCAAUUAAUCUAUACAUGCAACUAUAUGCAAUUAAUCUAUACAUGCAUAGGAAUGUAAUCCCCAGUAAAUGUGGAUAUGUCGUGUACAUAUUAAGUAUGUGACGUAGACCUAAUUAGUAUUUUGUAGUUUUGAGUUGAAAGCAAAUUGUCACAAAAUUAUAAUUAAUCAGGUAAAUGCCAGCACUUCAAAAACGGUGAUGUACUGUAAACUGUAUUGUAAAAAAAGUUGAGGUUAUUGUUUGUAUUAUGCUUCCUGGUCUAGGUCACUAGGUUUGAAGUUUAGCUGACAAGGAGCAAGUAUAGUUCAUCCUUCUGUCUCCAAUAUAAAUCCACAGGCUAAUAGUAAACCUGCGGCUCUAGCAGGCAUGUGUUUUUGCAAUAAAAAGAGCAGUCAAACGCCACGCUGGGACGGGUGAUCAAUGUGUAAAAGUGAAAACCCUCCUUCGGUGGUUCACGGCGCCGCCUGCAGGGAAGUGAUGUUCACUCCCACACCGACAUGGCUGCUGCUGUCAGGAUGAGGACGUGGAGCUGUCCGACCAGAGGAGUUUUCUACCCUUGGGCAGUGCUUUUUUUAGUUGUAUUCAGUACCAUACAUGCAGUCAAUGCAGCGCCAGAGACGGGGCUUUGGAAAAUCACAGUUGUAAAUACCUCAAGACCACUGCUGUUAAGAAAAUCCAUGUAUAAAGACACAGACAUUGAAUUGAAAGUUGUGCGUUUUGGCUGUCCUGAGGCGGUGACCUUCUCUAUUCACUGGUAUUUAAAAUACUACCCCUGUCACAAUGAAUUCAACAAUAUUGACGAAAUGUAUGGCAGAACACCUCUGAGUCGUGGGGAGGGCCUGGAUCAAAAUCCCCUGGGACAAGGGGAGUUCAUCGAACACAAACACAGCCCCAUACCGUGUAACAAUGGCCUGCACUCCUUAUCAGUGCUCAGAAAAGCCAAGGCAGAGCCACGUCCAGUCAGUCCACCUGUUAAGGGUGAAGUGCCUGAUGAAAAAGACCCCAGAUGGAUUACUGAGGAAUAUGACAGCAACAGCACUGUAAAUAUCCAAGACAACGUCAUAGCCACCACGUGGAAGGACGGGCCGUACCUGCUGGUUGUUAAGAUUGUGUCCAGUAAACCGGAAGCCAACUGGAAUUUAACAGUUAACGUGGUGAUGAAAGGCACCCAUGGCUACAUUUCUGUCACAGAAUGGCCUCUCAUGAUUUUCUACAUGGUCAUGUGCAUGGUGUACAUCUUCUACGCCCUGCUGUGGUUUAUCUGGGCAGCGUGCUACUGGAAGGAUCUGCUGAGGAUCCAGUUCUGGAUAGCGGGGGUCAUAUUCCUCGGCAUGGUGGAAAAAGCUGUCUUUUGUGCCGAAUAUGAAAACACCAACGCUGUAGGCUCUGCCUCUCCAGGCUUGUUGAUCUUCGCCGAGCUGGUCUCUGCCCUCAAGAGGACUUUGGCUCGAUUGCUCGUCAUCAUCGUCAGCCUGGGCUAUGGCAUUGUAAAACCUCGACUCGGGCAAGUAAUGCACCGAGUUGUUGGGCUUGGAAUCCUCUACUUUUCCUUCGCUAGCAUUGAAGGUGUCCUGAGGAUUACUGGGGCAAAAGACUCUGACUUGGCCCUGCUGGCCAACAUUCCCCUGGCUCUGCUUGACUCCUCUCUAUGCUGGUGGAUCUUCGUCAGCCUGGCUCAAACCAUCAAGACUCUGAAGCUGAGGAAAAACCCCGUCAAGUUGUCUCUGUACAGGCACUUUACAAACACACUUAUAUUCGCUGUCAUUGCUUCCAUCAUUUUCAUGGGUUGGAUAGCAAAGAAAUUCCGGCUUGCAUAUUGCCAGUCUGAUUGGAUUGAGCUGUGGGUGGAAGAUGCCUUCUGGAGGUUCCUGUUCUCCAUCAUUCUGUUCGUCAUAAUGUUUUUAUGGAGACCGUCUGCAAACAACCAAAGGUAUGCUUUCACACCUCUCAUUGAUGACUCCGACGAUGAGGAGAUUGAGGAAUUCGUCGCCUCUACAAACCUUGCUGAUGGUAUAAAGUUGAGAGCAUCUAAAAGUGAGACGAAUGGCACAGUGAAGCCUGCAGAAAAAAACCCAGAGGAAGACUUGAAGUGGGUGGAGGAUAACAUUCCUAGCUCUCUUACGGAUAUAGCUCUACCAGUCCUGCUCGACUCAGAUGAGGAAAUCAUGACGACCAGAUAUGAGAUGUCAAAGCUGGAGUGAGGUAAACGAGUUCCAGACAUGGAGGGAGAAGAUAGCAGCUGUCUCUGCGUCUGCAGCAGGGUUUCCUCCAGGAUCUCCAGUCGGGUGGUGGUGGUGGAGUGGCGUUUACUGUUUUUAGGGCCACUUCGCAGGGUGGUCCAGGUCUCAUUUCCUCAACUUGUCAAGAGCAAAGGACUCUACCAGAGGAAAACUGUCUUUUCACUGACCAACUGGCUCACCAUUUCCCUGAUUAUGAUCAGUUUUUGAGCCUUUCUUUCCAAAGAUAAUUCUUCAUUUUAUAUUAAGUGCUGUAUUUAUUUCUGUUCUGUUCAUGAGAAUUUAUUUUAUCAGAGAAUUAAGAACAGUGGGCCUGAUGCAUGAACAUACCCUCAAACAUACAUUAAGUGUCUUUUUGUGGGUAUCUAGAUGUUAUUGGUUGGUUGUAAUAAAACAAGAUGCCUAUUUAUGAUGGGGAAAUAAUUAAAAAGCCUUUUUACUCAGUAAAUAACACCGAGAAUGUUUUAUCCAAGAUCUUUUUGCAGCCAUGGGAGGGAAACAGAAUUUAAUUUUAAUUUGUUUGUUAAUUAAUCCCAAACAGGAUUUGUAUUUAUAUAUAAAUAUCUGAAGCACACUUAUAUUUUUUUUUUGCCAACAAAAAAAAAUUCACACACACACACUUUGACUAGAACAUUUUGCUCUUAUGCACUUUGAAGUUCAAAUCUUUGCCUACAUGUAGUUCUUGUUUGAGGCCUAAACUGUUCAGGUGGUUGAGAACAUGUAUGAAAGUGUUAUUCAUGUCUCUGGCAUCCUCAGUACCUUUGUGGGUGGGCAGGUGUUUGAAUUAGGGAGCAAUAUACUGUAUGUAUGUUAAUCUGGAGUUCAUUAAUUUCCUUAUUUAUGUGUUUCAAGUGUACUUAUAAGUUGUUACAGUGUGUUCGUCCAUGUUUACUCUAGAGUGUGUUUACAAUGUGUGCUUCCAUUUUCUUGAUUGAUUUGGACCCUGAACAGUUUCACAAUGUGUUUGGUGAAACUGCAGCUUGUUUCUUAUUGCUUUGCAGUGUUUGCUGGUAAAAAAAGAAAUCAUUGUGGUUCCGCAGAGACCGUGAAAACACGUCAAAUACGUCUUAAUAUUUUUUUUCUGAAAUUGGCUGCCCUGGUGUUUUUGUCAGUGUAGUUUUGGUUGGAACACUGUCGGUGUCUUCAUGCGUGUUGUUCUGAGUAAAUGUAACGGCAGGACUUGGGCCAUCCCGUAUGAUAUAUUUGACAAGUCAUAUGGUUGGCAUCAGCAAAAGCUGAUCAGCCGGGUUUAUAAUGUCACUAUUCUGUUUUUAUAUUGGAUGGAAACCUGGAGUGAUUGUGCUUUUGGUGGCAAGCUGUCCUGUUAUAUAAAACUGCAGACACCUGCAGUGGACCUCGAUUAUUUGUACAGAUGGGUAUUGGCUGAAUCCUGUUAUUGCAUAAUUCCACAAGUAGAGCGGUGUCUGGAUAAUAUGACUCCUCUUUUUCUCUCAUGGGCGUCACAAAGACCUGGGCAUAAACAUUUCAUACCAGCGGUUUUCUUCACUCUUCCUUCUCAGGAAGUGUGUCCACUCAGAUUACAUAUUAAUCUUCCACAGGAGACUGUUUGUUUCUUAGUCUGAUUUUCAGUAUUAAUUUGGAAAUAAAAAUACAUAUUUUA